AUGCCUGUCAACUCAGCAGGUCUCUCCAAGGCCUCUAUCCUUCGUACCACACACACACCGCCAACUGCCGCCUCUCCCUCUGAACCGCUGUCGCGCGCGCCGCCUGCUGCCCUCAUCGUGCGCACGCGCGUGCCGACUGUGUCCCUGCCUUCGAACCACUCGCCUCCCGCACAUUCCGCCGCACGCAACACCGCCCAGCGCCCAGCGCCCACGCCUGCAGCUGCUUGUACUGCGCACACACCGCCAACUGCCGCCUCUGCCUCUGAACCGCUGUCGCGCGCGCCGCCUGCUGCCCUCAUCGUGCGCACGUGCGUGCCGACUGUGUCCCCGCCUUCGAACCACUCGCCUCCCGCACAUUCCGCCACCACCCAGCGCUCAGCGCCCACGCCUGCAGCUGCUUGUACUGUGUACACACCGCUGACUGCCGCCUCUGCUGCCCUCAUCAUGCGCACGCGCGUGCCGACUGUGUCCCCGCCUUCGAACCACUCGCCUCCCGCACAUUCCGCUGCGCGCAACGCGCACACAUAUGCGGAAUCCACCUGCACCUCCAGACCGCCCAGCGCCCAGCGCCCACGCCUGCAGCUGCUUGUACUGCGCACACACCGCUGA